AUGGAAAGUAGAGCGAACGACGACGAAUUAAAUUUUAGUCCGGCAUUGCCCGUAGACGAUAUAAACACUGACCAAGAUGUGUUACAUUACUUACAAAAUGUACGCAAUGAAGCAAACACAAUAAACCAGAUCUUGUACCAUGACAAGAGUGAGCAUAUUCAUGUAGGUGAGGGUGAGUUAUUUUUGACCCAGGAGUUGAUUCUAGAUGGUGACGUCGAGUUCGACGAAUGGGCGCAUCAAUUGGUGAUCAAAUUCAAACUACUAAAGGAAAAGAUACGAUCUCAAGAUACUGAAUUGAUAUCCUACGACAACAAGUACUCACUCAAGUGGAAAACGGCAUUUAAGCACUCACCGCCAGAUAUAAACUACGUUAUCUAUGCAUUGGACAGGAAAAUGUGUUUUGAUAUUCUAGUUGAAUUAACCAAGAGACUAAGCAUAACAAUGAAAGAAACAUUCGGCCAAUGGAUAUGGAAAUUGUUUUUGAAACUUGACAAUCUCUUGGAAGCUAGUGAGUGUUCGAUAUUGAGAGAAUUGGCCAAAACCGCAAUGAAAUUGAAGUCUAAAUUGGACGAAAGUAGUACUGUGGAGAACUCAAUAGCGAGAUUUACUUUUGACAUGAUUGUUGUAAUUGUUGGUACAUAUUAUGGACAAUCUGAUUUGUUACGAGGGAGGUAA